AAGGGCUUCCAAAUAUUUACAUACUACAUACAUAUCUACAUACUCACUCUCUGAGCCUAGCCCGCACUGUCCACCCCAGGGGUCCAGAGAGGGCCAGACCGCCAGGAGCCCAAGAGGCUUCCUGCCCGUCUGGGAGUCCGGGAGUCUGGGUCUCUGGGACUCUGAGUUUGGGAUUAAUAACAUAAAAGGCAAGGCGCCAAGGCGCCAAGGCCGCAAGAAGAGCCUCUCUCUGUCUCAGGCAGCCCGCAAGAAGAGCCUCUCUCUGUCUCAGCCAGCCCGCAAGAAGAGAAGACUCGAAA